CUGCUGGAUUUCCAUCGGCUUGCCACAGUCCUCUAAUAACAGGGAACAGCAGACAACUGACUUGAUGUGCAAAAAUAAAAACUACCAUCCACGGUGACCAUGACUACUGAAGUCGGUUCUGAAUCUGAAGUGAACAAGCAGGCUGAGCAAAUAGGAUCAGAUGCCGCCCAGGAGAAACCUGAUGAAGAAGCAUCAGAAAGUCAACAGAAUCCAUCCUCGGAACCCGAGGAGGAAACAAGUCCAGCAUCCCCCACCACAGCUGUUAGCAAAAGCAGCCCCCGGAGUCAGAAGAAGGAGAAGGAUCCCUCAGAGAGUCGGGGUAUCUCUCGCUUCAUACCCCCAUGGCUUAAGAAACAGAAGUCCUAUAACCUGGUGGAGGCCAAAGAUGGAGUCGAAAAGAAAGAGCCCAGUGAGGCUGUUGUGGAAGAACCCAUAGUCGAAAAAGAUGGAUCCCUUCCAGAAGAAGGGAGUGUGGCCAGGGCUGACACGGAAGGCGUCCUCGAGAGAAAACGGCAGGAUGUUAGAGUCGAUGAUAAGGACGAGAAACAUUCUGUCAGUAGUGCUGAGACACAGCCUGCUAAAGAGGAUAGUAAAGAGAUAGAAGUGGCAAAGGUAGAAGGAAUCCGGGAAGACGAACAAGAAGGAGAAGCAGCUAAAAGGGUGACAAAGGAAGUUCAGACUACUGAGCUCAAGACAGAGAAGGCAGCCCAGAAAGCUUCCAAGAAGAUAAAAACAGUGCCGUGUAAAGUGAUGCUCCUCGAUGGCACGGAAUACAGCUGUGACCUAGAGAAACGGGCUACGGGUCAAGUACUAUUUGACAAAGUAUGUGAACAGCUCAAUUUACUGGAGAAGGACUAUUUCGGGCUUUUAUUUCAAGAAAACAAUGAUCAGAAGAGCUGGCUGGAUCCUUCAAAGGAGAUCAAGAAACAAGUUCGAAAUCUUCCCUGGAUAUUCACAUUUAAUGUGAAAUUUUAUCCUCCUGAUCCUUCACAACUGACUGAAGACAUCACCAGAUAUUUCCUGUGCCUUCAACUUCGACAGGAUAUUGCUUCUGGCCGCCUCCCCUGUUCUUUUGUGACUCAUGCUCUCCUUGGUUCAUAUACACUGCAAGCUGAGCUUGGUGACUAUGACCCAGAGGAACACAGCAGUGAUUACAUCAGUGAAUUUCAGUUUGCACCCAAUCAAACUAAGGAGAUGGAAGAGAAAGUAAUAGAGCUGCACAAAACUCACAGGGGCUUAUCUCCAGCACAAGCUGAUUCUCAGUUCUUAGAAAAUGCAAAGAGACUUUCCAUGUAUGGUGUAGAUCUACAUCAUGCCAAGGAUUCAGAAGGCGUGGACAUCAAGCUGGGUGUAUGUGCUAAUGGACUGCUUAUUUAUAAGGACAGACUCAGAAUUAAUCGAUUUGCCUGGCCUAAAAUCCUGAAAAUCUCCUACAAGCGCAGUAAUUUCUACAUUAAAGUCAGGCCGGCAGAGCUGGAACAGUUUGAGAGCACCAUUGGGUUCAAACUGCCAAACCACCGGGCUGCUAAAAGGUUAUGGAAAGUGUGUGUGGAGCAUCAUACUUUCUACAGGCUUGUGUCACCAGAACAGCCACCAAAGGCUAAGUUCCUCACUUUGGGGUCCAAGUUCCGAUAUAGUGGCCGUACUCAAGCACAGACCCGACAGGCAAGCACCCUCAUAGACAGACCAGCACCAUAUUUUGAGCGUACCUCCAGCAAACGGGUCUCAAGAAGUCUGGAUGGAGCACCUAUUGGUGUCAUGGAUCAAAAGGAUUUCUCUGUCCCUGCUGGUGAUGUUUCUGUUUAUGGCCCUGGAGUUGCUGGCCAAGGCAUGUUUCAAGAUGGAGAUGGCAAAAGGGAGGUCAGAAGCCCAACCAAAACUCCACAGUUACAGUUUACUACUGAAGGAAAGUCCAUUUUCAUAUACCCACCAUCACCACCCGUCCACUGUGUUUCAUCUCGAUCUGCAAACCUAUUGCCAAUCCCUGAAAUGGAAGUGCUUUCCGACAUUUCAGAGGAAGACCUCUUUGGGGAGGUGGAUCAAAUCACACUAGAGAGCUUGGAAUUCAAUUCUCUAAGUGAAACCUCGGGGCAUGGCGAUACUGACGUAUCCCCCCUGGAUUCUAUCUUGGAUCUUCCCCUAUCCCCAGCUAAGCAUUGCUGUCCUUCUCCAGUCCAUGGGAAAGCUCUUAAAGGUGCUGACUACCAAGAUACUGAGUUUGGUUACUUUCCAUUCAAUUUCUGCAAAUGCUUUCCCACUAACUUCCCUUCACUGCUUGAUGAAGAUGGGUACCUCACUUUCCCCAGCCUCCCCAAGGUUUGCGUCUCCUUCCUCCCUGCUGACCUACAGCAUUAUGUUCCUAUCACAUCGCCUUCAUUUAUUCCUUCUUUUCUCCUCAUCUUUGGGCUGCUGCUUUCUGCUUUCCAGUCCGUUCCUUUCUCACUCACCUUUUCCCUUCCUCUCGCUCUAUCUCUCUGCUACCUGGAGCCUAAGACAACUUCAUUAAACACCUCUUAUGACAAUGACCUGCAUGACAAAGCAGAGGAAGAGGAGGUGAAGGAAGACCAGAGUGGCUUAACGUUUACAGCUGCUUCUGAGACUGAAACGAUCCAGGCGGGGACUGAAGAAGAGGAAACACUGUUGGAGGACCUGGAUAAGACCCAGGACGACAUACUGAAACAUCAGGCUAGCAUUAGUGAACUCAAGCGCCAUUUUAUGGAAUCCACACCUGAACCACGCCCCAAUGAGUGGGAAAAGCGACGUAUCACACCUUUGUCCCAACAGACACAAGGGAGAAAAGAUCAUCUUUUCAAAAUGGAUAUUUUGCCCGUGAAGGAGAAGCAGCAGAUCCCAGCAGCCCCGAUUGUUGAAGAAAAAGCUCAGGAGACAGACAAGAGCCUAGAAGAGGAGAUAACAUCAAUUUUAUGUAGUAAAGAGGGCUUUUCUGCUAGUGUGAAAGCCACCUUCACAUCAACGAGCAUUCGGACAGCAGAGGGCUCUGUUGUGAAUUAUAGUGUACCUUCUACAAUGCUUUCUUCCUCGCCCUUCUCACAGUUGCCUGAGAAACGUGCUCCCACAGCAGAAGGGCCUUGUUCUGGAGCCAACGAUGCUGUUAAGAGUUCACAUGAGACUCUGAAUGUAGUGGAGGUGAAGAAGCAGGCAGAGGUUGGGAAAGAAGAGAGAGUAAUCACAGAAGGCGUGAACGGUAGUGACAAAGUACCGCCCGGGAGUGAUCCUGGGGAGACUCGUAAGGUGGAGCCCCUGACACACAAAGACUCCCCCUCCCUGUCUUCAGAGAACAGCAGCAGCAGCAGCAGUGAAAGUGAGGAAGAAGAUGUGGGAGAGUACCGACCCCACCACCGGGUGACCGAGGGUACCAUCCGGGAAGAACAGGAGGAAAAUGAAGAAGAGGUGGAGGAGGAGAAGGAAGAGCGGGCAUCAAAGGUAGUACAGUGUGUGGAAGCAGUGCCAGAAGCCACCUCAGUAAAGCAAAUCACAGUAGAAACAGUGGUCCAGGAAAAUGUAGUUUCCCAAAAGGUCUCUGGAGAGAAGAGUUUAAAAGAAGGAAAUGAGCAAGACAUGAGAGAAGAAACUGAGGAAGAACAGCACAGAGUAAACGGAGAGGUGUCUCAUGUUGACAUUGAUGUUUUGCCAGAAAUAAUUUGUUGUUCAGAGCCACCAGUGGUAAAAACAGAGAUGGUAACUAUUUCUGAUGCUUCACAAAGAACAGAGAUCUCCACCAAGGAAGUCCCCAUUGUCCAAACAGAGACCAAAACCAUCACUUAUGAAUCUCCACAGAUUGAUGGCGGUGCUGGUGGUGAUGCUGGCACCUUAUUGACUGCACAAACCAUCACUUCUGAAUCCGUGUCUACAACUACAACCACACACAUCACCAAGACAGUAAAAGGCGGAGUGUCUGAAACAAGAAUUGAGAAACGAAUUGUCAUCACAGGAGAUGCCGAUAUUGAUCAUGACCAGGCAUUGGCACAGGCAAUUAAGGAAGCCAAAGAGCAGCACCCUGACAUGUCAGUCACAAGAGUGGUGGUGCAUAAAGAGACGGGAGUCGCAGAAGAAGAGGAAGAAUAAAGUAAGAAAUGCUCUUUUCAAACUCAAUUCCAAUUCAACUCUGUGAACAUGAAGAAUUCUGACCAAUCUUAGUCUUGAUGCCACACCACUACUCCAAUGAAUUUAUACCACAAGCGGUAACAGUGACCAGGCACCUGAAGAUUAAAAUGCCAACACCAAACCUUACCUUAACAUCUCUGGUCUAUACUGUUUCCUGACAUCUUAAUUAUUAUUCAUCUUUUUAUUUUGUAUAACCACUUCCUAAUAUUCUUAGUUUUUACUUUAUUUUUAUUUUUCAAAGUUCAGGAUUUGUCUUUGACUUUGUGUACAACUACCUGCUAAUUAUGCCUGCUUUCUGAUCAAAUGAUAGUGAACAAAGCCAGCCUCAGCUGUCAGGUGCUGUUCACUUGAACAGGUGCUGUUGUACAAAAAAAGGAAAAUCUUUGACUAAUUUAGAUAGGGGAUUUCCCCCCCACCCUUGACUCUUGUCAAUUGAAAUCUUACUGGAAUAAUUUACAGAUUUUUCGGAUUGAGGUCAAUAUACUGCCUAAGAUAAUAUUACAAAGUAGGGUUGUUUUUUUUUAAAGUUUCCUACAUUUUGAAAAAAUUUGGUCAUGUUUGAGAACUUCACUUGAGAUCUAUUUUAUAUUGAGCCCUCUUAACUCUUUCAUUCCAAAUGCUCUUUACUUUCAUUGAAAAGUAAGAGGCAGAUUCUCCAGACUAGAGAGAGAGUUAUGAAGGAGGCCCAUGAGCACCUUAUAUUCCAGUGCAGAUCAUAAUGCUCAGCUGGUUCUCAGACAUGCAGUCUCCUGAAGCAUUCCAGAAGAGGGAGGGAAGGAAGGAGAGACAUUUCUUCCCUCCUGUUAAAAGUUAUAGGCAGCUUAAAACCUUAGUGCUUUUCUCUUAACAAGUCCAAAUUUCAAAAUCUUCCAUUAUUUGCACCCUUGUGUAGAAUGCUUGCUUUUUAUUAAACCUCGUUGUCUACAUGUUUAAAAAAGAACUGACCCUCUUUUGUUGCUGAGAAGGUAGAUCUGUUUCAGAUAGUGUGUCUGAUGAUUCAUGCAGGUUUUAAAGGAUGCUGAGGGAAAGGCAUGGGUGCUGGGGUGGUUUGAUGGUGGUGAAAAGAAAGCUACACCAUUCGAAGCUUGUCGCCAGAGACGCAGAAAGGGGACUUAAGAUUAACUGUGUUGAAAUUUUAUUUUGUUUUUGUUGUUACUUUGUUUCAUUUUGUUUUUGGCUGUUGACUCUGUCUAUAGUUACAAUGCCAGAUUAGAUUUAUAGCAGCUUGAAAUUGUAUUAAGUGAUAUUUUGCUCUCUGUAAUACUGUUAUAAAAUAAAAUUUGUUUAUUCUCUAAA